CCAUACCGGCGACGGCUGUACAAACGGUGGCCUAGCGAAUAAGGGGAUUACAGAACCCAAUUUGACAGGCUACACAAUGAGUCAGGGUAAGGACAAUGCUCGACUCAAGAGCUAUAAGAACAAGUCCCUCAACACAGAUGAGAUGAGGAGACGAAGGGAAGAGGAAGGCUUACAGCUCCGCAAACAGAAGAAGGAUGAACAGCUUUUCAAGAGGAGGAACGUUGCCACAGUGGAGGAUGAUGGCCUCCCUGAAGAAGAUGGAAUGGCCGAUAGUGGCUACCUGGAGUCCCAGGCGAACAACAUGGACCCACUCGUGGGUGGGGUGAUCUCUGAAGAUAUGACUCAAAUGAUCUUCUCCACCUCUCCUGAGCAGCAGCUAAUAGGCACUCAGCGGUUUAGGAAACUCCUUUCAAAAGAACCCAACCCACCCAUUGAUGAAGUCAUUGCUACACCAGGUGUGGUGGAGCGCUUUGUCGAGUUCCUGAAGAGGAGAGAAAACUGCACAUUGCAGUUUGAGGCUGCAUGGGUUUUGACCAACAUUGCAUCAGGAACGUCCCAUCAGACUCGUGUGGUAAUCCAGGCAGGAGCUGUUCCCAUUUUCAUAGAGAUGCUAAGCUCGGAUUUUGAAGAUGUGCAAGAACAGGCAGUGUGGGCCUUGGGGAACAUAGCAGGAGAUAGCACAGAAUGCAGAGACUUUGUCAUAGACUGCAAUAUCCUGCCUUCCCUGGUGCAGUUGUUGGCCAAACAGAAUCGUCUAACGAUGAUGAGAAAUGCAGUGUGGGCGCUCUCAAACCUGUGCAGAGGAAAGAACCCACCUCCAGACUUCACUAAGGUGUCCCCGUGUCUCAGUGUGCUGUCCUGGCUGCUGUUUGUGAAUGACACAGACAUCCUGGCUGAUGCAUGCUGGGCACUAUCCUACCUGUCUGAUGGCCCCAAUGACAAAAUCCAGGCAGUUAUUGACUCAGGAGUUUGUCGCAGGCUGGUGGAGUUACUGAUGCACUCUGAUUAUAAGGUGGUAUCUCCUGCACUACGAGCUGUAGGAAACAUAGUCACUGGAGAUGAUCUACAGACACAGGUGAUUUUGAACUGCUCAGCACUGCAGUCUCUUCUUCACCUCCUGAGCAGCCCAAAGGAGUCCAUCAAGAAAGAAGCCUGCUGGACCAUCUCCAACAUCACUGCAGGGAACCGAGCACAAAUACAGAUGGUGAUAGAUGCAGGUCUGCUGCCUCCUCUCAUCACUAUCCUGCAGGUAGCAGAGUUUCGCACAAGGAAGGAGGCAGCCUGGGCCAUCACUAACGCCACCUCAGGUGGCUCUGCAGAGCAAAUUAGGCACCUAGUGGAGCUGGGAUGUAUAAAACCUCUGUGUGACCUGCUCACACUUAUGGACUCCAAGAUAGUUCAGGUGGCUCUAAAUGGCAUUGAGAACAUCCUGCGACUGGGAGAACUGGAGGCCAAGAGAGGUGGAGGCAUCAACCCGUACUGUGCACUCAUUGAAGAAGCCUACGCCAUUAUGGAGCACAGAUCCCCUAGGUCCACAUUCCAGUCUAGCCUGUGGCACCUUACCCGCAUCUCUCCCCUACUCUCGUUCUACUUUGUGGCUCCAUUCAUUUUCCUACUUCGUCAUUAAAGACAAAAAAAAGCC